AUGGAAGAAGCCCAAGAAGAGACAAGUGGCCUCGGAACUAAGCCAGAAGAGCGGAAAUACCUCAGAGGCAAUGACAGACAUCACAACCAGGGAUUUAACAACACACACAAGCUGACCAGUUGCAUUGUCGUCACCUCGUGCAAAGAAAAUCAUCCACCAUGGGUGUGUGGUGCAUUCAAAGCCUUGCCAGUAUCCCAAAGAAAGGAACUAAUCAGCAACAGUAAAUGCUGCUUCAGGUGUCUAGCAGCUGGUCACCGCAGAAGAGAUUGCCCUAAUGUAAGACGGUGUGGUCUUAAUGGGUGA